AUGUCAGGGAUCAUUGUUCUGGGUCUCCGUCACACAGAGAGAGAGAGACAGACGGGAGGGUCUCGCUACAAGAGGGUCUCGCUACAGCAGGGUCUUGCUCCAACAGGGUCUCGCUACAAGAGGGUCUCGCUCCAACAGGGUCUCGCUACAAGAGGGUCUCGCUCCAACAGGGUCUCGCUACGACAGGGUCUCGCAACAACAGGGUCUCGCUACAACAGGGUCUCGCUACUACAGGGUCUCGCUACAACAGGGUCUCGCUACAGCAGGGUCUCGCUACAGGAGGGUCGCGCUACAGCAGGGUCUCGCUACAACAGGGUCUCGCUACAACAGGGUAGCAGGGUCUCGCUACGACAGGGUCUCGCUACAGGGGGGUCUCGCUACAACAAGGUCUCGCUACAGCAGGGUCUCGCUACAGGAGGGUCUCGCUACAGGAGGGUCUUGCUACAGCAGGGUCUCGCUACAGGAGGGUCUCUGCUACAGCAGGUUCUCGCUACAACAGGGUCUCGCUACAGCAGGGUCUCGCUACAACAGGGUCUCGCUACAGCAUGGUCUCGCUACAGCAGGGUCUCGCUACGACAGGGUCUCGCUACAACAGGGUCUCGCUACGACAGGGUCUCGCUCCAGGAGGGUCUCGCUACAGGGGGGUCUCGCUACAACAAGGUCUCGCUACAACAAGGUCUCGCUACAACAAGGUCUCGCUACAACAAGGUCUCGCUACAACAGGGUCUCGCUACAGGAGGGUCUCGCUACAGGAGGGUCUCGCUACAGGAGGGUCUUGCUACAGCAGGGUCUCGCUACAGCAGGGUCUCGCUACAACGGGGUCUCGCUACAGCAGGGUAUCGCUACAACAGGGUCUCGCUACAGCAGGGUAUCGCUACAACAGGGUCUCGCUACAACAGGGUCUCGCUACAGCAUGGUCUCGCUACAGCAGGGUCUCGCUACGACAGGGUCUCGCUACGACAGGGUCUCGCUACGACAAGGUCUCCCUACAACAGGGUCUCGCUACAGCAGGGUUUCGCUAUGACAGGGUCUCGCUCCAGGAGGGUCUCGCUACAGGAGGGUCUCGCUACAGGAGGGUCUCGCUACAACAGGGUCUCGCUACAACAGGGUCUUGCUACAGCAGGGUCUCGCUACAGGAGGGUCUCGCUACCACAGGGUCUCGCUACAGCAGGGUCUCGCUACAGCAGGGUCUCGCUACAGGAGGGUCUCGCUACAGGAGGGUCUCGCUACAGCAGGGUCUCGCUACAGCAGGGUCUCGCUACAGCAGGGUCUCGCUACAGGAGGGUCUCGCUACAGCAGGGUCUCGCUACAAUAGGGUCUCGCUACAGGAGGCUCUCGCUACAACAGGGUCUCGCUACAAGAGGGUCUCACUGCAACAUGCCUGAUUCCAACAAAACAGCGGUGCGUCUCCCCCUCGGCCUCGCUCGGGGAUCUUCGGUGCUGCCUCAUUACGCAGAGGCUAAUGCAGAGGCUAAUGCAGAGGCUGAUGCAGAGGCUGAUGCAGAGGCUGAUGCAGAGGCUGAUGCAGAGGCUGAUGCAGAGGCUAAUGCAGAGGCUAAUGCAGAGGCUAAUGCAGAGGCUAAUGCAGAGGCUAAUGCAGAGGCUAAUGCAGAGGCUGAUGCAGAGGCUGAUGCAGAGGCUGAUGCAGAGGCUGAUGCAGAGGCUGAUGCAGAGGCUAAUGCAGAGGCUAAUGCUAGCAGCGCGGAGCAGAGAGGGGCCAGAGUCUAUUAG